AUGAGGUGGUUCAAUCUCUGGCUUACCCUCAAUCUCUAUUUCUCUAUUUGUUCUUCCUCGCCCGACAACUCGAACCCGAGCGCUGACGCCGAACCCAUAUCUUGGCAUGCCUUGGUACCCCAACCGCCCGCAAACGCAGCAGCCAGACAGGUGGUCACCUGGACUACGAGGGAGGAAAUAGACAGGACCACCGAAAGUCCAUUCAUAUUGUGGCUCACGAACUUGGAGCAGCUCGCCACGGCGGAUCGUGCCAGCGAAUGGAUGGGGUCGGAUAGCGUCUGGGCACUAGCCUCGCCGUUGCGGGUGCCCUUGCCUGCAGGUACCCCAAAUUGGACCUCUUCCGACGAAGCGUGCAUCGGUACUUGGGUAGUUUGCGCUCGUCGCGAGCCAUUCCCGCCGUGCGAUCCAGGUCCUCCUCCAUUCGCGAAUCGCACGAGUCCGUUCGCCAGAAGGACGACGUACCCGGGCAGUUCAGCAGGGUCGGUCUGGCCUCCACCUGUGUGGUACCGUCGGGCAACGAUGUGGACGGCUUGGUUGGCUACGAGGCCAGAAGAGUCGUCUGCAUUACUUUGGCGCUACGAACAGGAUGAUCGCCUCAUUGAACAAGUACCAGGCGGUUACGUGUUAUCAGCCGUUGCCGAGCUGGGUUUCAAUUCGAUCGCUGAUGACGUUGAAGCUAUGUCGUCGGCGGUGCACCGCACACUGAACAUCGUUCCUCCGCCUCCGUCGGUGCCUCGGUAUCGCGCUUCGUCCGACUUUGUAUUCCCACUCGAGGAUCUGGUUGCGUACAUGGACGACAUGCGAUGGGCCGCACUCAACCAUAUUGCAUACGUGCGUAUGCACCUAGGGCCCGCGUCGCGCAAUGCCAUUCGCGGCUUCGCACCUCCCGGAUGGUCGUAUCCGUCUGCGCCAGGCAUGCCCUUUUGGGUGGCCUACGAGGCCUACCACGUACGUGACGGCACCCACGUUGGUACCCUCAUCGACACGCGGGCUCUCCCGGAGGAUUGGCCUUCGUUAAAUAUGCUGGCCCAGUCUGGUGUCCCGUUCUGGUGGCUGGAAGGUCGUGAGGAGCCGCUGCACGAGCGCGAGAGUGCUCUGCAGUUCCGUAACUUUGAGAACGAGAAUCUGCCCCAGAUGUCGGCUUUACGCGCGGCCGUGGCGGAUAUCCGUCGUCGUCGGGAGGUACGAGUGUCGACGGAGCCAUACGGGGCCGUCACUCGGGCGACGUUGAUGCUGGACCGGGGCGAAACGUUGGCUCUGUUUCUCGAGAGAGUACAGUCGGUGGAUCAAGCGGUACGGGAGAAUGUUACGCAGAUGUCCAUGACGGCCGUCCCGGUAAGCAUGGCUGCUCGCAACCUCUGGAUCAGGCGGUACGAGCACAUCCGUGGCUAUCCUCGCCCGGGAGACAUUACCUUUUUGAACUGGCGACCUUUGCUCUCUCGUGAGGAUGUCCUCAGCGGCCGAGAGGCGCAUCCCAGUUCGUGGGGCCGUCGACUUAGGGUACCGGCAGCGAGAGGAUCAGAUGCCGAGGACUUGUACAGCGACACCAGCGACUAUGAUUCGGAAGCAGCGGACACCCAGCACUUCUCCGACACUCGCACAUGGCCUCCGGCUCCGUUACCGGUCUUCCCAGUGCGCCCUGCUCGCCCGCCAGCGCGCUUACGCUUCGCGCGACAGUUCAACGCUGCCUCAGCAGAACGAGAACACGCGUUCGCGCCGCAGGAGCAGCCCAUGGACCUAGACAUCCCUGACCCAAGGGAAGUGUUGCCUCGCCCGCACGAUCACCCAGUGUCACCUGUCGCGCCAGUUCCGACCCCACCCACCAGACCCUUUCCUCAAUCUACGCCACGCGGGGGUAUCGUGAUCUCUGACGCGAGUGUCGGGAAGGGCAAGGGUAAGCGUCGCGCGGACACGGACGCGGAUACCGUUGAGGGAUUCUCCUUGCGCGAAUUGCAGUCCGCGCAGGCAGCGUCCUGUCGUGACGGCCCGGAUACCGCGCUAUCCGCGGGCGAAUCGUCAAGGGUCACGUUGGAACGUACCGAGCAAGCUAGCGGUAGCAGUCUGCUGGCGGGCACGGAUGAGCAACCCGCUGGUCGGAAACGCCGCCGGAAGGCGCAGCCCAAGAAGGUGCUACCAGCCCGGGAAGGUCUCGAGUCAGGGCCAUGGCCUCCUGAACCGCCGCGUCGUCCGCUCGGUUUCGAUUCGCGAUGGCCCGAGUUGCAGGUCCGAUGGCCCGGCACACUGGUUUCGACGGCUUCCGAGGAUUUAUCGCGGGAAAUGCGUAGCAUCUCUCCGUCGCGCGACACCCACGUCGUUCACGACUUGCCGGCUCCUGUCCAACGCGGACGUUUGCAGCUGCCACCGGCUUCGGCUCUACGGCUUUGGUGGUGGAUGGAACAGCACCCGUACGCUCCGGCCCCUGCGUUCGUGCCGUGGGCAUUAGCGUGUGGAGUACGCUUCCUUUGGGGUGCCCCGGGGUCGGGCUUGCCCAGAUUGCCGGACCCUCUCGGUGGCGGUAUGCCUCAAGCUUCUCUGCCGUGGUAUGAAUGGGUCCACGACGUCGUGGAGGUUCUUCGUCGUCCUAACGCUCGAGCAUUCUUGUGGGACGGGGGCAUCUUGUGGCGCCUAGCGCUUUACUUCAGGAGCGGGCUUCUCGCAGAAGCAGGUUCGGGUCCAUCUGAGUCGGCCUACCAUCUGCCCGCGCCAUGGCCUGGGUCGUUCGUUUCGGACGCCUUGUCAUCUGUUGAAGUUAACCUGGUUAUCGGCCGGAGAGCGGACGGCUUGUCGUGGUGGCCUCACCCUGAUAUUUGGGACGCGGCGCUGAGCAUCGGCGAGUGGUGGUCGGUACACGAAGACUGGUUCACCAUGCGCAUGCAGGCCAUUCUUUCCGGCGAUGCCGUGCCGCUAGCGGAUACCGCUUGGUACGGGGAGGUGCGGAACUGGAUAACGUCCCCCAGUCGCCCUGUCUUCCACGCGGGCAAUCUUCGAAGGGUUUCGCUCUUGACGAUCUUGUUAGACAACGACUGGCAGGAAAAUCUCACGGACGGCUUUGUCCAGCUCACUCUGGAAGACGGUAACGAGUCGGACAUGGAACAGGAUGGGCAGUAG